CCGACAGACGGGCCGUGCACCACACUGGUACUUUUACUACAACAUGGUCUGAACAACUACAGCCGGAGGUUUGCUUUUGGUGCUCCAGAAAAAAGGACAAUCACAAUGCUUAAGAGAUGCAUUCUAGGAAGACACCUGUUUCUUCGCGCUACGUAUGUGCACAUCAAGAACCUCAGCACCGCUCCAAGAGGGAGGACUCACACGCUGCUGAGACCAUCCUUGCUUCUAGGUGGGGUGGCCGCAGUAGCUGGAACAGCCUUUUUAAAUUGGAGAAGAAAGCUGCAAGCGGCGGAGGAAGGUCAAAAGACCCGUACCGGGUCAGAGGCCAAAACCGAUGCAGAAGACGAAGAACCUCACGGGAAAAAGAAGAGGCCGACCUUCAAGGAUAGGAAGGUAAUCGAAUACGAGAACAGAAUCCGGCAGUUCUCCAAUCCGGACAAGAUCUUCCGGUACUUCGCGACGCUGAGUGUGAUCUCGGACGGACACGCGGAGAUCUACAUGACGCCACAGGACUUCCUCAGGUCCAUCACACCGGGCGAGAUGCAGCCAGAAGGUCUAGGUCUGGAUCAGUUUAUGCAUAUCCGAAAGGAGGAUGUCGGCGAGGUAGUGAGUGUGAAGUGUUCCUACCCUGACAUCUUCUCCAAACUCGGCAACAGCGGGCUUAUCAACUUCACGGACUACAUCUUUCUACUCACCGUGCUAACCACUCCCAGGCGGAACUUUGAGGUGACUUUCCGUGUGUACGACAUGGACGGAGACGGUCACUUGUCUCAUGAUGAGUUCCUGAAGGUAGAGAAUUUUGCAUUCCGCAACACAACAACAGGGAUGAAGCACACAGAGCGCAGCGCCGUUGACAAGGACGGAAUGGGCAGCUCCCUGGCUAUGUAUUUCUUUGGCCCUAAUUUAAACCAACGACUCACGCUGCAGAAGUUCCUAGACUUCCAAGAGAAGGUGCAGGAUGCUGUGCUGAAGCUGGAGUUCGACAGAUGCGAGCCGGAUCACAGAAGCGGACUGAUUUCCAUCCGGGAGUUUUGUUACUCGCUGCUGAUGUACUCGGGCCUUUCAGAUAACAAGAAAAAGAAAAUGGUGGCCAGGGUCAAGAAACACAUUGAAGACGAGCCAAACGCGCCCCCAGGCGUGUCGUAUGAUGACUUCCGGAACUUGUUCCUGGCGCUGCAGCACCUCCAUGACAUCGACAUCGCCCUGACAUUUUUCCAUGCAGCCGGAGCGCCCCUGGACCCGACAACCCUGACACACGUCGCUAAAACUGUAGCGGCUGUCGAGCUGGCUGACCAUAUCAUGCAAAUAUGUUUCAAACUAUUCGACGAAAACGAUGACGGGGUGUUGGACGACAGGGAGUUUGUCUCCUUGUUGAAACAGCGCGCGACGCGGGGGCUGACCCGUCACCAUGACACUGGAGUGUCCCGGAUGUUGUCCGCCAUUAUCAGGUGUACCAAGCAAGUCUACAGGGAGACAUACAGUGACUAGACGAUACUAGUGUUGAUAUUUUGUUGGGGGGGGAUGUUGUCUUUGUGAGGCUGAGGACAUUAGACAUUUUAUGAUGUGUUCUUUUUAAUGUUGCAUAGUACCUUCCUAGAAACACAGUAAUUUCCCGGAAGUGGAUUUCAAGAAAUUCCUUAGAUUGGUUCGGCAUAUGUAUAUGUGUAAAAGCAAAUAAGAUACGAACGGUUUUGAUCGACGAUGAUGCUAUUAUAAGUCGCCUGGAACGACUUAGGUUUAAAUACAUAAGAAUUUCAAAAAGUGAUCUGUACAUUUAUUCGUAUCACGCAACAUAAUCGACAGUUCUAGAUCUAUGGGCAGC